UUUCCACACCAGUGAGCCACACAACUGGCAACAGUGUAGCUACAUUUUAAACGCUUUUAGUCUGUAUUUUACAAAAUUAUACAUAAUGAAAGUGCAAAAAUGGAACGUGCUUUAAUGUGCAAUCGACAACUCAAUUAUAAUUGAAGACAUAAAAGCAACAAAAAGUGCUGACCAAAUAAUUAUUCAAAAUUUGAUAUGUUGCACCGAUGCAUUUAAAAUUGGCGAAAAUGUAAAUGCCACACGUAAAAAGGCGCGAACAAAUAUCGUAUGAAGCGAAGUGUAAAUAAAUUAAUGUGCAUGUGCAAAUAAGAUACAAAUACAAAUAAAAGAAAACAUAUUAAUACUGCAUAAAACAACAUUUCUAACAAAUAAAGAAAAACAAACAAAAGCUUAGUUACCAUGUUACACAACGUCGAUGACAAUGCCGCGACAACUGCAACAUGUACAACAUCAACAACAACAACAACAAUAAUAAUGGCCCCGACUGAAACAACUGGCAAUGGAACGGAGCCAACAAUUUCAACGCACCUUGCUAAUGCGACGGCGACAAUAGAACCAAUAACAGCAGCAGCAGAACAAGAAGCAAACGCAGCAGUUGUCGUUGUUGCUGCCUCUGUCGCCCCCGCAGAAGCAGCAACGGGAACAGAAGCAGUUGAGGGUCAAGCAACAACAGCAGUAGCAAUGACAGUGACAGCUAACAAUGCAGCUACGCUGACGACGACGCCAACGCCAUUGUCGCUGUCAGCUGUGGCAGAGCUCCCAGAAUUAGCUAAAACAGCUGAUGCUGUCGCCGUCGUCGUCGUUGCUGCAGCUGCUGUUCCGAUCGAAGCUGAGGCCACACUCGAUGUUCAGAUGCGUACGCAGCAACAACAGAAAAUCAAAAUUUAUCAAGGCGCCAAACAGAGCGCAAUAUGGAGAACCGAUUCUCUCGCAUCCAAUGCGAGCUCAGGCAGCCGAAGUGACGGCGGCUCAACUGAAAUUGUUUCGUGCAGAGUCAGUGGCAGCAGUGGCAGCAGCAGAGGCAGUGGCGGCGGCUAUGCAACAGCGCCCAGUCUGUUGCAGCGCAAGUUCUCCGAUAGCUCAUUCACAUCAACAGCGAUGCCGCGUCGCGUGUCAUUCCCGGAGAGUGAUAAGGAGCUUGUCACUGGAUACCUAGAGCCGGCAAAUCCAUGGGAACAAGCCUGCCAGGUGUCGAGUAUUGCCGAGAUCUCUGAGCUAUAUGUGAAGUCUUGUCGUAAGCAUCUCGCAAAGCCAAUGCAACACAUGCUGGACCAUCUAAAGGCCCUGGAUUUGCACCUGACACGACAGCCUUUGCUAUCCCUUAAGGGAAUUAAACUGAAGCCCAACGAUUGUGAACCCCUCGAGGAGAUCUUUAAGCGGGUACAAUAUAAAGUCAUCGAUCUAUCCGAGUGCAUGUUGGACGAGAGUUGUCUGAGCGCGCUUUGUCAGAUGAUUGAAUACUAUGAGGCUGCCAAUGAAUUGGACAUUUCGUACAAUAGGGAACCAAUGACGGUACGAGGCUGGGGCAUUUGCACUUAUAUGGUGGGUCGCAGCCAGGAGCUGCAGCUGUUGAAUGCCGAGGGAAAUCAGAUAUCCAAAGUGGGAGCUGAUAAUUUGGGAAAUGCAUUGAGCACCUCAAACCUGCAUACGCUCAAAUUGGAACACUGUGGAUUGAAGGGACCUCCAUUAACGAGUUUUUGUUAUCAGCUGUACCACAACAAGAUACUGAAGGAACUGUGGCUGGGCUACAAUGAUUUGGAUUGCACGGAUGCGGAGCACAUUGCGGGCAUGUUGCGUUUCAACUACAGCAUUGAGUUGAUCGACAUCAGCAAUAACAAUAUACGCGAUGAGGGUGUCAUGUAUCUGGUGCAGGCUCUCAUCCUACAAGCCACAGAUCUGGAACGUCGCAGUGGUUUGCCUUUGCAACGUGCCCGAGCCAUUGAGGAUGACGAUCCAGUUUCACCAGUGGAAUCAACGUCGCCUGUGGACCUUCCAACUCUCAGCGAUAGUUCAGAACAUGUAGAAGUUAAUUCAUCCAACAAACGAGAGACCAUUGAAGUGAAGGAGACUCAAGUGGAGCAACAGCAGUCAACCACAGCAGCUGAUGAAGAUUCCAUUACAAUUGAUCCACCAGUUGCUCUGUUGGUGGAUCUGGAAAACGAUGGCGAUGAUGACAAUACAGAGGACACAGUGCGCACUCUGAGAAGCGUAAAUCAGAGUGCAACUGGACAAUCCAUGUUAGACAAAUUGCUGUCCAUGAACAGCGAUAGCUCCAGCUUGGAGGCUUCCUCAAAUAUAUCCACCGACACACUUGCUGCCUGCUGCUCCGAGGAUAUCAGUGAGAUGAGCAGUGAUAUCUAUGAUCCAAACAACAAACUACAAUUGAUAGCAACAACAACAUCGGGCACAGUAUCUAUAGAUGAAUCCCUUGCGAUGCCGACAAGAUUGGAGUUGCCAGCAUUGGACAGUUCACUGGAGCAGUUGUCUCCAGCAUUAACACAACAACAACAACAGCAGCAGCAGCAACAACAACAACAACAACAACAAAGUUCCCAAAACGAACGCAACAUAUGUGAUAUUACUCCCUCAACAGAGGCUAAAACCGUUGAACCCAAUGAAACCUGUGUACAGAAUAACAACAAUGCUAAUUGCCACAAUAAUACUAACAACAAGAACAACAACAACCACAACAACAACAAUAAUAAUAAUCAUGUAGCAACAACAAUAGUAGAAGGAGAAGGUGGAUCAUCCGCAGUAAAUGUAAGCGGAUCAGGAACCAUUUACGAGGUAACUGCCGAAGAAAGCGACUGCAUCAAUGGGGGACCAAGUGGAUCGAGGCCAUUGGACAUGAAUAAGAAUGGCAAGACGGGAGGAGAUGACUUUGAGGAUACGCACAGCACGGAUUCGGCAUUUGAGAGUGCAUCCGAGGGUGACAUCAGUCGACAUUUGCCAGAUGAGUUUAGUCGAUUGUCCGUGUCGUUGGAGAGCACACGCUUGGAUGAUAUGGCCAAGGAGAUGGCCAUUGAGACAGCAACCAUUGCAAGUGAAUCCACCGAGUGUCUGCUGGUGGCCGAGGAGGCAGCAACGCCUGCAUCCACACCGACGCCAACGCCAACUGUUGCUGGCCAGGUGCGGAUGCAGGCGGAUCACGCUGAGACGACGGCGACGACGAAGGUAACGAUUGCCGUCAAGUGUUUGACUGGGGCCAAGGAUAAGGAACUAAGUGCUAGUCCCUGUCCCAGUCCAACACCCACACCGCCACCGCCAUCCACAUCCCCGGGUGGUGUCAGCAGCGGCCUACGUCGCACCGAGUCCAGUUGCGCCUACCUCAAUCAAUCCACACGCAAUCGCUCCCAGAGCUCGGACAGUUUGUGCAGUGAGAAUUCGCUGGAUGGCAGCACAAGUGCCGCCGAUCCUCAGCUCGCCGAGAAGCUAACCAAGAAUGAUACACUCUCGCGACGGCAUCUCACAGAUGCUACGUUGGAGUCUGCCAAUCGUGCUCCAAGUGGCCUGAAAGCCUUGGCAUUGUGGAGCAAUAAUUUGACCAAGAAUUGUGGUCCCAGCAUUGCGGAGCUUCUCGCACGUAGCUCCUCCCUGGAGCUGCUCAACAUUGGCAAGAAUUGUUUGUCCAAUGACUUUGUGGCCACCAUCAAGGAUAGUUUGACCAAAAACACAACGCUCACCACGCUGGGAUUGCAGAGUGCCCAUCUCAGUGCCAAGGGCAUCGAGACUCUUGCCUCCAUUUUGACAUUUGGAGGAAAUAGCAAACUCCAACGCAUCGACAUCCGUGACAAUAAACUAGAGGUCGAAAGUCUGAACAUUAUUGCCGAGGUGCUCAAGUCCAACAAGACCAUCACUCAAAUCGAUAUCAAUGAUGAGCCCAAGCGUCUAACGUUGCCCAUUGUGCCGAUAGUAAAUGUAAUACCACCAACGCCAUUGCCCCAGGAGAGCAUUGGCAGCGAUGCGCAUUUGGACUACACACGAGUGUUGGGCACUGUGAGAUCCAUGUGCUCCCGGAAUGAGAAGAUGCAGGCGGAGGAACUGGAGUUGGCGGAGAAGGCGGCGAACGUGGGCGGCAGCAGCAACAGCAACAACAGCAGCAAUGCCAACAGUGGCAACAACAACAUUAACAAUAAACGUUGUCGGGGUGGUUACUACUUGGGCUCGCGGAAUAUUUCCUUGACAUGCCACAGUCGUCCGCUGGUGGAUGCAGCAACGGGAACUGUGACCGCUGCUCUGGCAGUAACCGCUAUGCCGACGCCAGCUGCCAAACUGGAGGUGAAACGGAAGACAAAUGCACGUCUGCGUUCACCGGGUCCCAGUCCGCCCACGAUAUCGCCGUCCUCGUCGCCCAAUCGCAGUAGUCGCUUUCAUGUGUCUCGUGUGAAUGAGAUUGGGAGUCCGGCGACAUCGCCAUUGGCCCAGUUGCCUCCACAGCAUCCAGUUACAACGACAACAACGCCACGUUCCGCCAGCAGCUGCAUGUCCAUACCAAUGGCAACGGCAGGUUUAAGUGGAAAUGGUGUCACAAAUGGAGGUGGCAGUCAAAGCAGUCUCAAUUCCAUUGCCGCCUUGCCGUUGCCCACCUCAAGCUCGUUGCCAUCGAUGGCAUGUGUGACAUCCUCGACACAGACCAUUAAAAGGUUGUCGGUGUCGCCACGUUCCCGUUUCCAUGUGUCACGCAUCUAUGAGGAUCCACAGACGCCACCAAUUAACUUGCCACCAACGCCGAUGAUUAAAUCGGCGCGCAAAGCAGCUGCACAGCUGGCGGAGGUAACCACAGCAAUGCCCAUAAGCAGCGUAAUAAUUGUGGAGCCAACACAGCCACCGCCCAAUAUAAAUGACAAUGACAACAAAGCACAAAAGAGUACAAAUGCAAAGCAGGAACAGGAGCAGGGACAGGAGCACCAGGAAAAGGAGGAGAACGAGCAGGAAGACAGCGCAAUUCAACAAAAACUAUCACCACAAUUGGGGAACAAUUCGCCCAGCACUUCAUCCAGUUCAUGCAGCAGCUCGCCGAUCUCCACUUCCUCAUCAUCCUCAUCCUCCUCCUCCGCCUCGAGUGCAACAACAAACAGCAACAACAGCUGCAGCGAUGUCAGCUCUGAGGGAGCAACCACAAAUGUUUCAAAAGCUCCUGCCAAGACUUGUCCCAUCGCUGUUUUUGGUGACAAUGAUAUAACACUCACUAAAGAUUCUAUCGCGGGCGUGGCACUUUCAGCAGCUGCCUCCCACAGUCAGGAUGCUGUGACAGCAACAGCAACAACAACCACUCAACCAACUGCGGCACGAGCUCGCAAAGCCUCUUGGAUUGCGAAUCCCACAACGGUGGACAAAUUGCUCACGCUGUUCAACCCGAGCAGCAUGUUCCAGCGUAGCUCAUCCCCGGAAUCUAAAGCGAAUCCUGUGCCAGUUGCAGUUGCAGCGCCACUCACAAACAACGCACAGAAUACAGCAACUACAACAACAACAGGUGGUAGCGGGGAUAUAAACGUAACGCUUCUACCGACACGAAAGACAACGCCGCCCUUGCGUAGCAAUAGCUAUACAAUAGGAGGAGGAGGAGCAGCAGCAGCAGCGGGAGUGGGUGUGGGAUCAGGAAGCAGUGCUGCAGAAACAGGUGGCGCAGGAGGCACAUCAUUCCUGGACACAGCGUCGAGGCAAUUGCGUGACUUUGGCAAACAAGUGUUUCGUCAAAAUCUUUCAUUCAACAGCGGCGACGUCGUGGGAGGUGCCUCCUCAUUGGAUUCCAGCCCAGCGAUGGCCAUGUCGCCAGUCGCGGAGUCACCAACGUCACCAGAAUUAAAUGCGAUGCAUAUGCCUUUGAGCCUAAAGCGUGAACUCAAGGAGAACAUUUCGCCGGAGCACACCAUCAAUGAGGAGACGUUGCACACGCUUCGGAAAUUGUCCCGAUCGGAGGAUGCGACACUAAAAGCGGAGGCAGCUGCUGAGCUGGGGGACAUUGAGAUUGUGAUGCACAGCGAGGUGUCAGAUUGUCUGGCAGAGGCGGAGCAGCAAUCACAAUCGCUGUCACAACCACAACAGCAACAGGAGGAUGUGGGACAGGCUUAGAUAAACCUAGAAAUCUAAGCAAAAUAAUGACGUGUGCAAUUUGACAAUGUUGAGUAGGUAGAGCAGCAAAAAAUUGGAUAAAUGUAACCAAGACCCACCUCAGCAUUACCCCCUACCCACCCUCCUCUCACUUUUUCCCACUCUGUAUCACCCCACCUCCCUUUUGUCCUUGUUGUAGAAGGCACUUUAUAGUUUGGGUUUUCCCUUCUCAACUUAAAACACACACACACACAUGCACACCCACACAAACUGUA